UACUCAUCAAAAAUGGAGCCCAUCUCACACCUUGUAAAAGUUAGCUUGCCGAAUUAUUUGUCGAAUUUGCCGAUUCCAGAAUCAAUCGGAGGAUGGUUCCGCCUGGGAUUCAAAGAUUGGCUCCGACUCGUUCCUUUCGGUGCUGCCGUCGGUGGUCUCGGCUACAUGUCCUACAGAGCUUUUUGCCCAAAGGGUCGCUGUCAGGGUAAAGUAAACCCAGGCAUUAAGAAAGACUCCGCAAAAGUGGUGGACAGUGUCGAUAUUGAGGAUAUUAAUGAGAAGGCCGCCUUUUGCCGGUGCUGGAGAAGCAAGAAGUUCCCCUACUGUGAUGGUAGCCACGGGGCAAUGAAUAAGGAACUUGGAGACAACGUUGGUCCUCUCAUUGUGAAGCAUAAGUAGUAACUUCCUUGCGGCGUUUGAGACACCUUUUCUAACCUUUAGAGCCGCAGAGAAAGAGUUGGUUGUGCAACAUUUAGCAAGUCAGCAGAGCACAGCAUUUUCCCCCCACUUCCGUUGUACAAAAGUGCGCCUCUCUUAUUAAAUUUAAAAAUGCAUCAUUGGCCAUUGCAAUUUUUUUCAGGCAGUUUUGCCAAAUAGAAGCAAUAUUUUUCCAGUGCUGUAGUAAAUUGCUCACUUUUCAUACUUUCCCCCGCAGUAGUAGUAUUUCUUUGUUAAAGAGGUGAAGGAUUUUGUUUCACAGUUUCAAGUUUAUUUGAUUGGUUCGUAUAAGUUAAAGAUUUACAAAAUUUUUGGUGCAUUAGUGAUUAAGUCGAGGUAACGAUGACUUUUCCAUCACAACUGUAACAAGACAGGAGUAGAAACAUUAUUGUUUAAUGUAUCAAAUGCUGUUAAAAAAAUAAAUUGUUACUCAGAAAAAGUUAACCAAC